AUGGACUUGCUGCUCCCUCUGGCAGGGGCAUGCUUCCAGCUCCUGCUGCCUCUAUCUGGCACAGAAGAGUUUGAGGGAAGAGACAUGGACAGUGACUCAGCAACAGAGAAUCCUGAUCCCGUGUCCCGUCAUCCCGUGCUCGGUGCUCAGCUUCUGCGGCUGCGAACAGCUGAGGAAUCCGAGGGCCAAAUCGAAAAAGGAUACAGAAGAGAGGGAGAUAGUAUGUCGUCGAAGAAGAACUACUAUAAGGAGAAGAUGAUGCGGCGGAAAGAGGAGGAGAAAAAAGAAGAACCAGAGACACCCAGGUAUCGUGAUCGUGCUAAGGAGCGUCGUGAAGAUCAAAACCCAGAUUAUGAACCUACAGAACUUGGUUCAUUUCAUGCAGUGGCACCUCCUGGGACUGAUUUGAGGCUGGCUGAUGCCCACAAGAUUUCAAUUGAGAAAAGCAAAUAUCUCGGAGGCGAUUUGGAGCAUACACAUCUGGUCAAGGGCUUGGACUAUGCUCUACUUCACAAAGUACGGAGUGAAAUUGAAAAGAAACCUGAUGCAGAGGAUGGGAAGGAUGCAAAGUCAAGGGCAACAAAAGAAGAUCAGGCAGUCUCCUUCCGCACUGCAACUGCAAAGUCUGUCUACCAAUGGAUCAUAAGGCCUCAAAGCAUAAUUAAGGAGAAUGAAUUGUUUCUUCCGGGUCGGAUGUCAUUUAUUUACAACAUGGAGGAGGGAGUAACCAAUGAUAUUCCAACAACUCUUCAUAGGAGCAAAGCUGAUUGCCCGGUUCCAGAGGAGAUGGUAACUGUCAGCGUGGAUGGUUCUGUACUUGACAGGAUUGCUAAAAUUAUGACAUACCUUCGGCUUGGAUCAUCGGGGAAGGUCUUGAAGAAAAAGAAAAAGGAUAGAGAUAUAAAAGGGAAGAGCAAUUUGGCAAGUGGUGACUAUGAUGAGUCAGUAAAACCUUCCCAAAUUAAUGGUUCUACUCUGAAACAUCAAUCAGAUAUGCCACCACCACCAGCUCCAACCCCUCGGAACAAUAAUUUCAAUGGAAAGGAGAAACAACCAGUCCCUGUUGCAAGAGCAGACGAUGAUGACAUUUUUGUUGGAGAUGGAGUUGACUAUUCAGUUCCUAACAAGGAAAUAAGUCAGAGCCCUGUUUCUGAUAUGGAUGAAUCCCCACAUAACCAUCAGAAGCAGUCCAAUUUCACUGAACCCAUGUAUGGCCCAGUACCAUCAUCUGAACCUGCUCAAGCUUGGCAACAGCAGAACGGGUAUGAUGCUGUUCAAGCCCAGAUGGCAGCUGCUGGAUAUCAAGGUGACUGGUCAAGCUAUGUGUAUGCAGAACAGCAGUUGGGUUAUCCAGAACAGUAUGUGCAGCAAAGCACCCAGGAAUACGAUGUGUUAGCUGACCCUAGUAUAUCCCAGGAUCCGAGGUUCAUGACUCAAGCAGACAAGGAUCGGGGUUUAGGUUCUGUUUUCAAACGUGAUGAUCAAAGGCUUAAUCAACUGAGGGAAAAAGAUGCAUGGGAGAGAGAUCCAAAUUUUAUUUCAGAUAGUUACUCAGAGUGUUAUCCUGGUUACCAGGAGUAUAAUAAUGAGAUUGCAGGAAGCGAUGAUGAAGAUGAUUUAUCGAAGAUGGAUAUGGGUGGACGGGCAAAGGGCCGUCUUCACAGGUGGGACUUUGAGACUGAAGAGGAGUGGGCCAAGUACAACGAUCAGAAAGAAGCCAUGCCGAAGGCUGCCUUCCAGUUUGGGGUGAAGAUGCAGGACGGCAGGAAGACUAGGAAGCAGAACAAGGACCAGAAGCUCACGAAUGACCUCCACAAGAUCAACAAGAUCCUGGCUAGGAAGAAGGGCGAGAAAGAUGGGGCGGAAGAUGGUGGUCACUUUGAUGAUGAUUUACCUAGCUCGAAGAAACAGCGUGGCUGA